CUGUUUGGGAUAAGCGAGUGAACGGGCCGCGGGGCGUAGCGGUAGUUAUAGAGAAGCGUUUAUUACUGUAAAAGCUCGAAAAGGACUGAAACGAAAAUUAACAAACAUGAAUUCAUCACCCGAGUUGAGUUGGAGCAACAGACUGCAGCACUUGCCUCCUCAAGGCUGCUGACACGGGCUUGAUGGUUUCUCCGGUCUCAUCCAGAGCGCUGGAUAUGCCACCAACUUGUCCUCCUGGUCCAUAUAUGAACGGCUGUCAAGAAUAUGGUGUGAUUUCAUUGGCUUUCAUCAGCAUCUCUGCGUGAUCCCAUUGAAUAUAGAUCUGAUGGUCGGACAUCAGAGCUGCAGGUGUGAGUAAGACGGAUGUCUGCAAUCGGACAAGGUGUCAGAUCAAAGCAGAUGUGAUUGUGAGGACGUUGACAGUGGUGAUUUUCAAGAGGUAUGGCAGAGCAUGCAGAACUGUUAGCAGAUAUGGCAACCAUUGGCCGUCUGUCGGCCACUGAGCGUCUGAAGCAUGCACAGAAGAGACGGGCGCAGCAGCUUAAAGGUUGGGCUCAAAUGGAGGACAAACCUCGUGCUAAUAAAGCUGACCAAAAGGCAGAUGGACUGAAAAAGAGCAGGAACGUGACUUUUCCCACCAACAUCACCUUACUGGAGGCUGCAGCCAGGAAUGACAUUGAGGAGGUACGACAGUUGCUGAAUAAGGGCGUGAGUCCAGAUCUGUUCAACGAAGAUGGACUCACAGCGUUACAUCAGUGUUGUAUAGAUGAUUUUGUGGAUAUGGCACGCUGUCUUCUGGACAUGGGCGCGAGUGUGAACGUGUGCGACAGUGAGCUGUGGACUCCUCUACACGCGGCAGCCACCUGCGGACACACGGAUCUCGUACAGUUACUGCUAGAGGCAGGUGCAGAUCUGCUAGCUGUCAAUGCUGACGGAAACAUGCCGUACGAUCUGUGUGAGGACGAAGCCACACUGGAGGUCAUCGAGAUGAUGAUGGCAGAACAGGGUGUCACUCAAGAGCGAAUUGAUGAAUGUCGCAGAGCUAAAGAAAGAGAGAUGCUGCGUGACCUGCAAGAGGUUCUGGCGAAUGGAGCUGAUCUGAAUGUGAAAGACCAGCAGGGGGCAACACUGCUGCAUAUAGCCGCUGCGAAUGGAUACGUGUCGGUGGGGGAGUUGUUGCUAGAAAACAAAGUGUCUCCUGAUGACAGGGAUGCUGAUGGGUGGACGGCGCUCCAUGCUGCCGCCUGCUGGGGACAUAUGCAGAUGGUGGAAAUGCUAGUGGCUCAUGGUGCGAGUCUAAACGCAAAGUCUGAAUUGGACGAAACGCCACUGGAUGUUUGUGCUGAUGAGGAGGUCCGAGCUAAAAUGAUUGAGCUAAAACACAAACAUGAUGCCAUCAUGAAGGGUCAGGACAAACACAAGAACACACUGCAGAGACUAGUGUCCAGCACAGGCAGCAGAGGUAAAGUUGUGCGGCGCACCAGCGUGAAUGAGCGCAGCAGUCUGUACCGCAGAGAACAUCAGAAAGAGGCCAUAGUGUGGCAGGAGCGAGGACGACAGACAGAUGUGCUGGAUGAUGAUGAAGAUGGACAGACGGAUGCUGAACUCAACCUGCAUGCUGCACUGGUGUUGAGCUCUAAUGCCCCCCCCAUUCCUCCAUCAGAGGAUAGUGUGGUGGAGAUGGUGGCUCAGGAUGCUGCAUUAGGGAAUGGCAGCACAGCGGCAUUGUCUUUUCUUCCAGGAGAGCCCCAGGGAGGAGGGCGCAUGGAUAAGAGGGCCUCAUACCAGCUCGCUGCGGCCUCUGGUAACUCCUGUGGAGAUAACAUGAGCCGAGAGAGAUCUCAUCAUACACUAGCCGAUCUCAAACGACAGAGAGCGGCAGCUAAACUGCAGAAGCACCCAGCGCCUCCUAUACCUCUGACCGCAGAGCCUCGGAACGAGCUUUUGGGCGAAGAGCCCAUCACAGUAGGGCUCCAGGACCCGCUAGAGGCUCCUUCAUCAGUACAGCAGGAUGUGACCCCUAGUGCAGUGUACUUCACUCCAGCUAGUGGAGAUCCACCCCUGCUGAAGUUAAGAGCACCAGAAGAAGACACGAGCAACACGAAAGAGCCCUGCUGUGGACUCAUGUAGAAGCAGUCAAUGAACCCACAUCAUCAGAAGACAAUUCGUUCUGAUAUGAACUCUCUACGCAAACACACAAUACAUGGAAGUGAGUAUAGAGUGGUCCCUUAAGUAUUUGGACAUAUAAGUCACACUUUAAAAAUGUCUGAAUGUCAUUCGAUAAAAAAAUGUCAAAGCAAGAAAUAUUAACAAGCACCUUUCCAGCAAAAAAAAAAAUUACAAAAAGAAGUUUAUUUGGUUUGAAAUGAUAAAAGAAUAGAUUUAGUGUUGAAAAUGAAGCCACUUUGUGGUUGUCAAACGUUAGUUGAACACGUCCAGAGUUAAUGUGCAGAACUUCACCUCUGGUUACUCUGCUAGGGCACCUAUGUGAACUUGAGGGGAACUGACUCCAUACAUUAUCUUGACACUAGCUGUGUAAAAGUCAUAGCAAAUAUGGCUCCAAAAAGUAAUGUUAAUUCUGAGAAAAGCUUGUUUCAUCAUUCAGCUUGUUGUAAAGGCAUAGUUUACCCAAAAAAAUGGAGAUUAUCUAAUUUACUCACCAUCAUGACAUCCCAGAUGUGUAUGACUUUCUUCUGCAGAACACUAAUAUUUAUAAGAAUAUCUCAGCUCUCUAGAUCCUUACAAUGCAAGUGAUCAGACUUUGUAACUCCAAAAAUCACAUAAGGAAACAUAAAAGUAAUCCAUUUGACUCCAUUGGUUAAAUCCAUAUCUUUAGAAACUAUAUGAUAGGUGUGGGUGAGAAACAGAUAAUAAAUGUUGUCCUUUUUGUACUCUAAAUCAUCGCUUUCACUUUCACUUUCAGAUGUGAAAGUGAUACUAAACAGGCAUCACAUGUGGCUUUCAGGUGUAAAGGUGAAAGUGGUGAUUUAGAAUAAAAAAGGACAAAAAAUCUGUUUCUCACCCACACUUAUCAUAUAGUUUCUAGAGAUAUGGAUAUAACCAUUGGAAUCAUAUGGAUAACUUUUGUUUCCGUUCUGUGAUUUUUGGAGUUACAAAGUUCUGAACACCAUUCACUUGCAUUUUAUGGACAUACAGAGCUUAAAUAUUCUUCUAAAAAUCUUCAUUUAUGUUCUGCUGAAGAAAGUCAUACACCUCUGGGAUGGCAUUAAGGUGAGUAAAUGAAAAUGUUCAUUUUUGGGUAAACUAUUCCUUUAAGCAUAAAUCACACUUGCUUUGAUAGUUUGUUAUCUAAUGCAGACUUUCAGAAAUUUGUAUUUGUUACGUAAGGGUCUAAAAAUACUACAAAUACUUUUUGGGGUUCUCUGAACAUAUCCAUGUCAAACUUUCACUAAUCACAAAUGAUUGCACAUGAAAUCAAACUUUACUGAUUUUAACACUAAUAUAUUGAAUAUCAAUACAUUCACUGGAAACCAUAUUACUCGUAUGUAGAGAUGGUGGACAUUUAAACUGCAUCCUGACGGAUGAUCACAAAUAAAGAUGUCAGAAAAAAUGGUGGCCACUUUUGAAAUACCUCUAGAUUUUUUUUUUUUUUUUCAUUCUGUGGAUUAGUUGCAUUACUGGUAAUAUUUUGCACCAUUUAAAUGAUUUCUUUCAUUUCAUUUAGUUGUUGUGGUCAGGCAGGUUUCAAAGCAUAUAUUCUGGUGAAUAUGAAAACAGUGAAACAUUGCACUUUACAAAACCAAACACUCUUUUGUCUAGUAGCACCAGGGAGCAGGGUGAAUAGUGUGUUUCAUGCACAAACAGUGUUUAAUGCAAGCAUAAUAACUUUGGCUUAAGCAAGACAAAUAUAUGUCAAUUUAUAUUAAUUAUAAUUACACAUAAUUGUAAUGUGUAGAAUAUAUAUAUAUAUAUAAACAUAGAUUAUUUAUUAUUUAUAAUUAUUUAAAGUUCUGAAGGUUGAGUAGAAUUGUUUUUGAGCCUCUACUUUGGCCUCCUAAAAUGCCCAAAACUGUUAUUCAGAAUUUUAACAGAUUUAUAAUAAUAUAAUACAAUUUCAGUCAUAUCAAAGUUCACAGUGGCUUUCCAUAUGUAUAUUAAUUACAUCACAUUACAACUCAACCAGACACAUGAUAUUUUAUCAUUAGAAAAUUAUACAAGACGGUAAACAUACUGUGCCUUAUUUUCAUACUAGGUUGAAGGGCUGAUGCUUAAAAACUUUGCAUAGAUGUUGUCUUAAAUAAUUAGCAGAAAAUGCUAAAGAACCUCAACCAUCACACUGGAAGACCAGCACACCCUGACAUUUAAAAAAAACAACAAAAAAGCUUUUGUAUAUUCUAGGAUUUAGUGUAUGAACAUUCUGGGGUGUCUGGGAAAGGGUCUGUAAUGCACAUGUCUCUUGUCAAUCAUUUCAUACUGAUUUUGUCUUCUAAAACCCUCAUACAUUUGCACAUAUGGCUCUGUCCUCCAUGAUAAAAUGAAUGCUUAUUGCUUGUGGAGUUAAACUAUUUUUGAUUUAUCUGAAAUAAAUGUAAAUAAAUCAUUUCAAAUUAAAUAAUAUUGAAGAUCGUGAAUCAUGUUUACCUGAUCUGGUCACUACAAGUGCUCUUGUUCUUUGUGUGAUUAAAUGAUGUAUCUGCUCAGGAUGAAAGUUCAAAAUGAUUAAUCGAUUAUCUUUUUUUUGAUUAACCUGGUUUCAUAGAAUCACGUUUUUGCAAAAUGAGUUUUACGUGCCUUGUUCUAUACAUAUCGCUGCAGUUUUCUGGUGAAAUAAACACUCAAAUCUCGAGUAAAACGGAAGAUUAACACAACACAUGAUUUCAAAAACCAGACAUUGAGACGCUUGCAUUACCUAAAUUAUGUUUUCAAGUAUGACUAAUGAAGCGUUAGACAUUGAACACGUAAGUACGAGUACAGCCCCGUGAGUGUCAUAGAAGUGCCACGAAAUGAUGUGGUUUCUUCAGCAACUGCAUAUUUAAUCAAACAUUUGCUUUUAUGACACUAUCGGUUAGGUUUAGAUGUAGGAUUUAUGGUUGGGAUGUUGGUUUUGUUUAUUUAAAUAAAAACAGAUGAGGAUUUUCAGUUUAAUGCUCUAUCAUAUUUGCUUUUUAUUACACUACUGGAUGGCUUCGGUUAAAAGUUUAGAAGUUUGGUUUUGAUCAUUUAAAAAACUGCAUGUUAAAAACGUCAUCUUUUUGGGAGAACUUGUUCUUACGCCACAAAAUUUCAUUUUGCAAUAAUGUUGCUAUGGGCAUUUCAUUUUCAUGAAAUCAGGUUGACUAGGGUAGAUAUCUUGUGCAGUAUUCACUUUAAAUCGCUGAUUUAAACAUGAUGAAUUGUUAUAAGAGAGCAGCUUUUUUAAUUCAGUUUAAAGCUGGUCCAGUUUUACUAUUUCUAAUGCAAUGUGGCUUGGUAAAUAUGAAUGCUUCACUAAAAAACAGUAAUGAAAACUGUACAUUGACCAUGUCUGAUAACUUUUGUCUCUAUUUCAUAUUAACAAUUAUUCACAGAAUUCAUCAGUAGGCAUUCAUCCUAUCUUGUACCAUUCUUUUUUUUUUUUUUUUUUUUUAAACUUUGUAAACUGUUUGUGUGUGUAUGUUUUAGACAGGAAUUCAGUUUGGUGAUUUGUUUUGACUCAAUGAAAAGAAAAUGCUAAAUUACAUUACAUCUAGUGAAAUGUCUGAGAUCAUAAGAGCUAUAAUUAUUAUGUUAAGUAUUUCACAUUCAUAAAAUACCUAAAAUAUUAUCAUGAAUUAUCUAUUGGCAAAUGUCUAUUUUACAAAACGUUAUAGUUAUGAACUUGAUAUUCUAGGAUGUGGUACUGAUGUAUCAUUUUUGUUUGUUUUUUGUAAAUUUGAUAGUCUACAGAUGGCACUAGGAAAACUGAGAUAAAUAUUUUCCUCCAUAGUUUCAAUUUAUAUGCAGAAGUCAAUAUAUUGUGUAAAUUGAUAUCCCCUCAUUCAGGGAUAUUUUAGUUUGGUAGUUUAGUGGGAUACGUUGGAUUGUUAUCUUAUCUCAAUCUUGAGAAACAUUUCAACUUGACAUCUGGCGUUUACUGCUGGACAGCACUUUUGACAUUGUGAAAUACCUUCAACAUAAAAUUUGAA